AUGCACGUCUCACCCGUUCGACCCUUGUUCUUCAGGAGUUUGAUCUGCGAAUCCAAUAUCACCGGACCUAGCAAUGUAAUCGACACUUUAUCUCGCAACCCGGUAGAUCAAGAUCUAAUCAACAAUCAAUCCAAUUCACUUGGUAUUUUCAUAGUUACUCCUCGUAGGUUACUCACCAAGUACCAAUCUCGUAUAGAAUCUUUUCAACAUAUACUCCGGGAACAGCAGAUGAAUCCAGCGCUUCGGAAGGUAGUUGGUUUGUUGUCCAAUCAGUCUCUCGUGUUAAGUGCCAUUGCUGAACGGUAUUGUCCGAAAAAAUGUAUUGCAGCAAUUCAAGAGGUGUGUUAUUUUCGUGGUCUAAGUGGAAAUGACCGUAGGGUGGUUAAAAGUUGCGACACCUGUCAACGUGCAAAAUUUAGUACCGUAAGAACAGAAGGUGAAAUGCAACAUGUACUAGCUAAUGCACACCUCCAAUUUGUCCGGUUAUUUACGAUCAAACGGUCCAGUGCAGUUGUAGUGACAAACCGUAUGAUCUCCGACUAUAUCGAAGUCCACGGAGCUCCACAAACCAUUGUAUCGGAUCACGGGGUCCAAUUUGUUAGCAAUGUGUGGCGAGCUCGUCUUACUGCGCUUGGUGUAGGUGUAACAACUACUAGUGUAUAUCAUCAUCAGAGCAAUCCAGCUGAACGGGUUAUGCGUUAG